AUGGAUGUUUCUACUAAAAUUUUACUUGACUCAACUAUUGAAUCAAAUAGAGAUUCCAAAAACAUCAUCUUUAGUAGAAUAAAAGAAAUUACUCUUGAAGCCUUUUCUAAAUAAUUUACUGAUGAAAUUCAUCAUUUGUAAGCAGAACUUAGAUCUGAAUAAGCUCUUAAUGAUUAAAUAAGAAGAGAAUUUUUAGAAAGAGAAUAAAGAAUUUUAUAAGAAUUUGAUUCUAAACAAAGAGAAUUUUAAUUAGAAUAUAUUAGAGAAAUAAAAAAUCUCCAAGAUUUACUUGAAGUUCAAGAAUCUUAAUUUUAAGUAUUCAUUUUUUCAAUCAAUUUAGAAAUAUUAAUUAUUAAAUGAAAAACUUAAUAAAUAAAUCAAAGAUAUGUAAAAUAAAGAAAUAUAAUUACAAAAUGAAAAUGUUAGAAUUAAAGAAAGUCUUUAACUUAGUGAUUAAAGAAAUAAAUCAUUGAGUUCAGAUAUUAAUGAAUAGAGAUAGAGAAAUGAAUCCUUAAAUUAAUUAAAUUAAUAAUUAGAUAGGUAAAAUAGGGAUUUUAAAAUUGAAUUUGAAAAAGUUCUUAAAGAACUAUCAGAUUUUAAAAAAAAAUAUUAAUAAUAUCUUGAUCAAAAUGUUGAACUAAAUUAAGAAAUUGAGUUAUUAAAAAAUGAAAAUGAAAAAAUGAAGACUAAGAAAUUAUAAGAUUAAUAAAAAUCAAAAGAAUUAUUAGAUUAAUUAAAAGAAAAGAGUAAUACUAAAAUAACUGAUCUAAAAAAUAAAUUAAAUUAAGCUUAAAAUAUAUAAAUAUAUUAACAAUAAUAGUUAGAAGAAUUUUAAGAAUUAAUAAAAGAUUCUGAAAAUUAAUUAAAUUAAUUACAAUAAAAUCAUAAAUAAUCUACAAAAUAAUUGGAAUAAUAGUAUAAAAAUGAAUUUCAGGAAAUUGAAAUAUAAUAUAUGAAUGAAAAGUAAAGUAUAGAAGAUAAUCUAAAAAAAUAUUAUGAAUAAAUAAUUUUAAGUAAAGAUAAAACCAUUUAAGAUUAAAUCAGAGAGAUCAAAUAAAUAAAAGAUAAACUUUAUUAAUAUAGUUUAGAAUAUGAUAAUUUUUAAAGACAAAUUCAGCAUUCUCAUUAAUAAUUGAUAUAAUUAUAGGAUGAAAUUAAAUAAUUAAACUUACAUUCAGAAGAACUUGAAAAAUUAAAUAGAGAACUUGAAUUAGAGUUAUCAAAGAAGGACUUAAAACUAAAGAAUUUAUUUUUAGAACUUGAAGAUGUUAAAAAAUUUUCAGAAUAAACUUUAAAUACAAUAAGAACAAAUUAAAAUUAAUUGAAUGAAGUUGAAAAAGAAAAGUAAUAAUAUUAAAGAUUAUUCUAAUAAAUUUCUGAUGGAUUAGAAAUAGAAAUUUAAGGAAGUUUUUCAUAUUAAAGACUAGGUUAAAAGCUUGAUUUAAAAGUAAGAUAAUUAAGGGAUGAUUUAAAAAAACAAUAAGAAGAGAUGAAAAAAUUAAAUGAGUAAUAUGUUUUAGAGAUUUAAGAAAAAGAAAAAAAAUUGAUGUUAUUGUAAGAUAAUUUUAAUGAUGAAAAUAAUAAAAUAUAAAAAACACUAUAAGAAUAACAAAUAGAAAACAGAAAAUAGAAAAAUGAAUUUAAAUAAAAGCUGGAUGAAUAGAAUAAAAUUAUUAUAGAUUUAUAAAAGGAUUAAAUUGAAAGUAAUAAUUAAUUAGAAUUUUUAUAAAUUUAAAAUUAAUAAUUCGCACAAGAUCUAGAAAAAAAUAAUGAAUAAUUAAUGAAAGCAUAAUAAGAAAUUAAUAAUUUAUUAAAUAGAGAAAAAAUAAAUUAUUAAGAUUCAAAAUAAAUAAUAAAUUAAAUUGUAAAUGAAAAAAACUAAAUAUAAUUAUAGUUAGAAGAGUCACUUUUUAAGCAAAAAACAUGUAAAUAGAGAAUUUAUCGAAUUAUAAAUAGAUAGAAAGAAUUAAUGAAUUUAUAAAUUUUUGAUAUGAAAAAUAUGCUUAUAAACAAAUUAAAGUAAUUAGAAAGUGAAUGUAAAAUAAUAUUACAAAAUUUAUAUAAAUAACAAUUAAUUAAAACAGAAAAUAAAAUUUAAAUGAUUGAAGCUGAAAAAUAAUAUGAAAUUGAAUAAAUGAAUUAUGAAAUUGAAUAAAAAAUAGAAAAUAUGAAAUAAUAAUUUAAAUAAUCUGAAUUAUUAAUUUAAGAGGAAGGUUAAUUUAAAUUAAAAUAAAAGUAAUAAUAAAUUGAUCAACUCAUUAUAUCAAAGAAUAAUGAUAUUGAAUUAUAAAAUUAAAUUAAUUCAUUACAAAGGGAAAAUGAAGAACUAUAGAAUUAAUUAUUAAUAUAAGAAUAAUUAAAAAUUGAACAAAAAUAAAUUUAUGAAUUAGAACUAUUAAAUCUUAAUAAACUAAUAAAAGAAUAAUAAGAGGAAUUGUAAAUAUUUAUAUUCAAUUUAGAAUUUCUUAAUAAUAGUUUUCAGAAUACACAAUGAACAGAGAAAGAUAAUAUUUUGAAUAAAGAUAUCAGGAUCUUAAAUAAAGAUAGGAUAAAAAAAUGGAAUAAAUUUCAUCAGAUUAUUAACUUCAAAUUAAUAAAUUGGAGAAUAUAAUUUAAUUGCCAUCAAAAUAAAUCUCACCUUUUAGAAUAAAUUAAAAAUCUCCAUUUCAAAAAUAAUCUAACUUAACAGGUAUUAUCAAUAUAUAUCAUAUAGCAAAUAAACAAUUGAAUGAUAGUAGUCCAAUAAUUAGUACUGCAGUUAAGACUCCAAAUAAGAAAAUAUCAUAAAUAGAUAAUGCAGAUAAAACUAUCGAAGAUUUGAGAUAAGAAAUAUAAUAACAAAAAGAGAAAUUGAGUAAAAUGAAAUUAUCAUUUACAGAAAGUUAAAAGAAACCUUAUAGAAGACCUUGA